GGAUUGGGAAGAGAAAAUGAUGAUUAAAAUUUAAAAUCAUGCAUGGAAAAAUUCAAUUAGUAAAAUAUGGUUUUAAAAAUUGCAUGGUAAACUGAAAAAAGUAAUAAAGUUUUUGGCACAUAUAUUUACCAAGUGAGAUUGCUUCCAAAUAAGAAAACUAUUCAAAUUAAUCAUUUUAUAAUCGGAAAACGAAAAGAACUAAUAAGUUUAGAAUACCUAAAAAAAAUCAAAGAUAUAGAUAAUGAAAUAUAUAAAUUGACAAAUAUGAAAAAUGAAAUAAUUAAAAUAAAAAUAAUGUCGUGAGAAAACAACAAAAGUGACUGCCCAUCCACAACCCUAAAAACACAACCUACUCACUUUUCUUAUUCUGUUAACCAAUUUUCUUUCUUCUCCCUCUUUUUUAUAUCUUAACCUAUACUUCUCUUACUUUACUACACUUGAUUUAUUUUUCUCUCCAAUCUACUUCUUAUAUUCAAUUCUCUAUUUUAAAAGUCAAAAGAAACAAUCAUAACAAAGCUUAAUAACAUUAAUAUUAUUCUCAUCAUAUAACAUAAUAAUAAACCUAUAUUUAUCUCUUAAAUUACACUGAUAACUAAUUAUGAUGGAGGAUUCUGGAAGAAAUUCAAGUGAUAAUGAGAUGAUGAAAUCUUCAAACACCUGUCCUAGAGGUCACUGGAGACCAGCUGAAGACGAAAAGCUUCGAAAACUCGUCGAGCAAUAUGGCCCUCAGAAUUGGAAUUCCAUAGCUGAAAAGCUUCAAGGAAGAUCAGGGAAGAGUUGUAGGUUAAGAUGGUUCAAUCAAUUGGACCCAAGAAUCAAUAGGAAGCCUUUCACAGAAGAGGAGGAAGAACGGCUUUUGACCGCCCACCGGAUCCAUGGGAACAAAUGGGCAUUAAUUUCGCGGCUAUUCCCUGGUAGAACAGACAAUGCCGUCAAGAACCAUUGGCACGUUAUCAUGGCUAGGAUGCAAAGGGAGCGGUCCAAGCAACAAUCAAACAAGAGAUCAAGCUUAAUUAGUUCUAGUAUUUCGUCGUCUACCACCUCAUCAACCCAUGAUCCUCUCUCAAAAACAUGGAAAUAUCAUGGCACCCUAAAGAAUAAUGAUCAUAGUCGCGAAUUGUACAAGUUUGAACAUGAUUUAAACAAGGAGAUAAAGAAUAAAGCUAGUACAAUGGCAUGCUUGACUUUUCCGAGACCAUGUAUAAGCAAGGGGACUUAUAGGGCAUCAUCUUCGACGAUACAUCCACAAUGUUUACUAGGAAAUUGGCUUGGAAGAAGUAAUAGUAGUACUAAUAGCUCAUUAUUUGAUCACUCAAAUGGUUUUGAUGCAAGGUUUUCAUGUGGAAUAGGGUUUGGCUCGUCUUAUGGAGUCAAUUAUUGUACUAUUCCUUCUGCUUUUGCUCCAUUAGUCAACCAAAGCAAGACGACAACAACAACAACAACUGCAAUGAGGCAAUCAUCAUUACAAGAAGAAGCGCUCGAGGAUGGAGGAUGCGGUCGUGCAAUGGCGAGUAACACCAAAGAGGUUAACUUCAUUGAUUUUCUUGGGGUGGGAAACCCUUCUUGAUCUACAAAAUUCAUGCUCAUAAGUUUAUUAGUUUAACAUAAAUUAUACACUUCAAUCUAUGAUUUUAAACCGGCUUUAUUAUGUUUUCUAAUAUAAACUCCUCUCUUCACAAUUUGUUUUUCUUUUUAAGCAUCUAAAGAUGCAUGUAGAUAGAGAGGGGCUAAGUUACAAGACUUAAUUAUGAGUUAGCUAAGUUAUGGCUAAUUAUAUAAAUAACUUAGGUUAUACAAAUAUUUUACUUGUUUGUUGCACUAGGAAAUUGAAAAAAGCUCAGCAUUAUACAUUUAUAAUAUAUGAUGGGUGGUUGAUGACUUGGCGAUUUACUCCAAUAUAUAUACUUGUUGAAGUAGAUAAUUUUGAGGGUUGUUAUUAUACAUACACUCCCUUUGUUUUGUAAAAAUAAUCACAACACUUUCAUUUUAUGUCAUAUAAUAAUUGCAAUAUUUUUUAUUUGGUAAGAAU